UAAACACGGAGUCUGUUGUUGUCAGGGAGCUGUGCAGUUUAAUUAUUGUGCUGUUAAUUAGUAAAGGCUUCGCACAUUUUCUAAGCAAAGUGUUCAAAAUGAAUGACGAGGACAAGAGAAAAAGCAAGAAGAUGAAAAGAAAAAUAAGUCCGGACGAUUCAACUGCGAGGAAGAGACAGAAAAUAAAAGACAAAAACGAGAAAAAGAGCGGUCCAGCUAAAAACACAGACGCUCUUGGGGUAAAAGUUGACUCCACAAAAACUAAGGUGAAGCAUUCCGAUAAGGAGAAGGAGAAAAAAGAAAAAUCUGCCCACUCUUCAGACGAGAAGACAAAAAACUCAGAUGGAGGCAAAAAUACCUCUAAAGUAAAGACAAAUGAGAAAGGACAACUUGUAUUUAAAGACCACCCAGAGUUCCAACCUAACAUGUCGCCCAAAGAGGUACUGCAGGCAGGUAGUUUUGGGGGCACCUAUUUCAGGCCUAUCUACUCCAGCAUUACAAAGCAGCACUAUAAAGACGUUUGGCAGGAGCUUCCUAAAGACUGGCUGGAUGGACUGGACAUACCUAAACAGGUGGCAUCAUCAACAUACAGGGAAAUUGUGAACACCUAUAAAGUGAAGUGUGGAGGCAGUCUAGAGAUGUGGGAAAGCAGUGGGUGGAUCGUGCCCCAGGACCCAUAUGGCUGGUUCCAGUGGUUCUGCAGAUUUUACCAGGGCAGGCGCACAGAGGAUGAUGCGCGCCAGAUCAGUCGCUGGGCCAAAUGUGCAGGAGUUAAAGGUCGCUGGCGGAAUAACCUCAUCACAAAAGUGGUCAGGUCCGGUUGUGCUUACGACAACCACAUCGUUUCCCCGGUAGUCAGGCAAACUCUACAGCACUGGGGCUACAAACUCACCUUGGAUGACUACAAGGAGGGAGCAAAGAGAGUCAAACUCAAAUAACAUUAACUGACUCUGACAAAUAGAUCUAAUUCAGUUGAACGCAAGGUGCAGAUAGCACUGGCAAUUGUGCAGGGAAAUUAAAGGAGUAGUUCACCCAAAAAAAAAUAAUUAUCUCAUAAAAAUUUCUUCUGCAGAAGAUUAAUUAAGAGUUUUAGAAGAAUCUAUCUCAAUCACAGUUCUGUAUGUCCAUUGAAUGCAAGUGAAUGGUGACCAAAACUUUGAAUCUCCAAAAAGCACAUAAAGGCAGCAUAAAAGUAAUCCAUAAGACUCCAGUGAUUUAAUCCAUGUCUUCUGAACCGAUCCAAUCGAUUCUGGAUGAGAACAAACCAAAAUGUAACUCCUUUAUCUCUAUAAAUAUUGACAUCAGCAGUUUCCUUGGAGAUCUUGAUUUCAAGCUCAAUUACACUUCCUAGCGCUCUGUGCAUGCAUCAAGAACUAGGAAGUGUAAUCAAGCUUAAAAUCAUGUUCGCCUUGAGAAUCGUGCCUUGAGACUGCAAUGGCAAGAUGUACAGUGAAAACUGAGUUAAAUUUUGGUCUAUUCUCACUCAAAACUGAUUAGAUCUCUUCAGAAGACGGAUUAAACCACUGCAGUCCAUGGAGUCUUAUGGAUUACUUUUAUGCUGCCUUUAUGUGCUUUUUGGAGCUUCUACGUUUUGGUGACCAUUCACAUUGUAUGGACCUUCAGAGCUUAUAUCUCCUUCAGAUAUAUUCUUCUAAAAAACUUUAUUUGUGUUCAGGAGAAGAAAGAAAGUCAUACAAAUUUUGAAUGGCAUGAAGGUGAGUAAAUUAUAAGAGAAUUUUCAUUUUUGCGUCAACAAUUCCUGACAAAUUUGUUCCAAAAAUUGCCUUUUUUUUUUGGAAUUCAAAGCCUUUUGCUGAAUGGACCUGUAGGAAUAUGACUUCUUUAUCCAUAUUCAAUUACCUCUGCACCCUGUAACUCGCAAGUAAAUUUGUAGACUUUUAGACAUGCCUUGGAGAAAUUAUGAGAAAGGAUCUGGGAUCGGAUAUGGGUGUUUUUACAAUGAUUUUAUUGUGACAAUGCUACUUUUUUUUCAAGGUUUAUUUUUAUACUUGCUGAACACGCACACAUUGUUAUCACUUAUAAAUGCCUCAUGAUAUAACCUUUUUUUUUUUUUUAAUGAAAUUACAAACCUACUUUCUCUAUGACAUCUGAAUGCAAUUUAUCAAAAGUACUAGACGAGUCCGCCGUGGUACUAUUCUGUGAAACGACAGGGGGCAGCCCAAAGAAAAUAUAAUCUGAAUCAGCAGAAAAUAGUAGUGAGAAGAAGUCAUUUGCCAGUCAGAUACCACUACUUAACAUUUAACAUUUUUACAAGAAUCUUUGAAAUAAAAGCAUCAAACUGCAAUCUGGUUUUGUUUUUAUUCGAUAUUAAUGUAUCUGACAAAUAGUUGCAUCAUGCCUUAAAAAUGCUAAUAGAAUAUUUAUUGGCAUUACUCGUACAUUUAGAAAUGCUACAUUAUUUUCACACAAUCUAUUCAAAACAAUUUCAAUGUAAAGAGCGUAGUCUGGUUAAAACUGAGCGAACAGUGCGCGCGGCGUCGCAUAUAAAACGAGGCAACAUUGGCUAUAAUGUUAAACAUGUUCAGAUACCAUACAAACACAAUAAAAUUAGUUUAAUAAUAGCAAUAAACUAAAUAAAGGAGGGGCUUCAAACAUUUUAAUUUAUUUUCUUUUAUU